AUGCUUUCUUCCUUAUAUAUCAUUAAUCUUGUUCUAUUUACAUUUUUCUCCUUCACAACUACCACCGCCGGCGCCGGCGUCUACUACCGGCACCGGCGGAUUCUCCAUCAACCCUUUUUCCCAGUUGUUGAUUCUCUCCCACCAUCUUCACUUCCUUCCAUAACUCACCCACCACUUUCUUCUCCUCAAUCUCAACCUCAACCUCAGCCUAAAUUUCCAUUUUCUACUCUAUCACCGCCGGAUAUGCCAUUAACGCAAAACCCAUUUUUUCCAGUCUUCUCUUCACCGCCGCCACCACCACCACCUCCUCCGCUACCUUCUGACAGUUAUGCAACCUUUCCGGCGAAUAUCUCCUCACUUAUUUUACCACAAACUUCCUCUCAUUCUUCCACCAAACCCAUUUCUGGUAAACUCAUUGCCAUCAUUAUCUCAGUUUCUGUUCUCUCUGCAGCUUUUCUCACUUCUCUUGUCGCCUUUUUCCUUCAUUACUAUCGUCAAGGAAAAGUUGAAGAGAAAAGCUACUAUCAACGAACAGAUAGUCUCCGACUUGUCCCUCCUAAUGCCACUCCCUCGGACGGUGUUGUCAUCAAGAAACACCUUCCAUCUCCACCUCCACCUCCACCUCCACCGCCUCCGGCGAUGGAAGUGCCGCGUCACACUCCCACUUCCAAUAGCUCGGAAUUUCUUUACCUUGGAACACUCGUGAGCUCUAGAGAAGUUGAAUCACCGGAGCUCCGACCAGCUGAGGGCGUUGCAGUGAACUUCCAAAGACUUGGAUCACCGGAGCUCCUACCACUCCCGCCGUUGCCACGUCAGCAUUAUCGGCAGACCCGCAAGAAUGGUGCUACUGAAGUGGGGUACAGCGGUGAAGAUGAUGAGAAUGAUGAUGAGUUUUUCUCUCCUAGAGGGUCUUCAGGGGAUAAAGGUAGUCCGAGUCGAACUGUAUCAAGCUCCCAUGCAACACCAUAUGAAGUUCCAUUUCAAAGCCAGAAUAGAUUUCCAUACUCAAAUUCGAAUUCACCAUCGGAAUCUUCCUUGUUGAAUAGUCCUUCACUAGAGUUCAACUUAAGCCCAAAAAGCUUAACGUCCAGAUCACCUGAUUCGUUGGUGAAUUUUCUAGCUCCGCCACGGUUUAUUCCUACACAGACAUUUAGGGGAUUUUCAUCACCUCCGUUAUCUUCGGGUGAUACCCAUAAUUCCCCUUCAAUAGUUUCAGAUUCAUCAGCACGGAUUUCUGAGUCUUCACUGAGGAAUCUGGGUGGUUUUGGGAGCUAUGUGUCGAUGAAAGUACCACCACCACCGCCUCCGGCUCCACCACCGAGGUUUUGGGAAGCUCCUCAAGUUCCAAAAUCCGUGGAGGCGGAAAAUGGAGGACCACCGGUGCUGAUGGCACCAUCUAUGCCUGUUUUAGGUCAUCAUGUUAGUGGCAAUAUUAAAAGCUCAGAGGCUGUGGAGAGGAGGAAUGAUGAGAUUACAAAGCCAAAGCUGAAACCUUUGCAUUGGGAUAAAGUUAGAGCUACCUCUGAUAGAGCAAUGGUUUGGGAUCAAUUGAAAUUUAGCUCUUUUCAGUUGAAUGAGGAAAUGAUAGAGACUUUAUUCACUGUGAAUUGUUCGAAUUCGAAUCCAAAAGAUGGGAUAACACGGCUGGUACAGCCAGUGUUGAAUCAAGAAAACCGGGUGCUUGAUCCGAAGAAGUCUCAAAAUAUUGCAAUUUUGCUGAGGGCACUUAAUGUCACUAAUGAAGAAGUUUGUGAAGCACUUUUAGAGGGGAAUGCUGAUACUCUGGGAAGUGAGUUACUUGAGAGUUUAUUGAAGAUGGCUCCCACUAAAGAAGAAGAGCGGAAGCUGCAAGAGUUUAAAGAUGAAUCACCAUUCAAGUUAGGCCCAGCUGAGAAGUUUCUCAAGGCAGUGCUUUAUAUCCCUUUUGCAUUUAAUAGGGUGGAGGCUAUGCUAUAUAUUGCAAACUUUGAUUCAGAGAUUGAAUAUCUUAAGAGGUCAUUUGAAACACUAGAGACUGCUUGUGAAGAGCUAAGGAAUAGUAGGAUGUUUCUAAAGCUACUAGAGGCUGUACUCAAAACUGGGAACCACAUGAAUGUUGGAACCAACAGAGGAGAUGCCCGUGCAUUCAAGCUCGACACACUUCUUAAGCUUGUAGAUAUUAAAGGUGCUGAUGGGAAGACCACACUACUGCAUUUUGUUGUUCAGGAAAUCAUCAGAGCAGAAGGGUCUCGUCUUUCUGGUGCUGAUGAUCAGAAUCCAAUUGUAGAAAAGACACUGCAGGAUGAGGUUGAAUUCAGAAAGAUUGGCCUUCAAGUUGUUUCUCGCCUAAGUGGUGAGCUUACAAAUGUGAAGAAAGCUGCUUCUAUGGACUCUGAUAUUAUUAGCAAUGAAGUUGCAAAACUAGCUGCAGGAAUUGCUAAGAUCACUAAUGUUCUUAAGCUGAACAAAGAGUUGGUGCCGAGUGAGAAUAGCAGAAAAUUUUCUGAGUCAAUGAAUGGAUUCUUGAAGACGGCAGAGCAAGAAAUUAUCAACAUCCAAGCUCAAGAGAGUGUUGCCCUCUCAAUGGUGAAGGAGGUGACAGUAUAUUUCCAUGGUGACUCGGUCAAGGAAGAAGCUCGGCCACUUAGAAUAUUCAUUGUAGUAAGGGACUUCCUCUCUGUCCUCGAUCAGGUGUGCAAAGAUGUCGGGAGAAUGACUGACCGAACUACAAUCAGCUCAGGUAGACAAUUUCCCUUGACAGUCGAUGCAGGGCUUCCCCAAGUUUUUCCUGGAUACAGCGUAAGGCAACACGAUAGCUCCUCUGAGGAUGAAACAACCCCAUCUGCGUCAUGACAUAGUGUUAUCAGAUGACUUCCUUCGCCAUAGUAGGCUGGUUUAUUUCCACUGUAUAGUUUGCUGGAGCCUAUGGAUUGGUCUUUUUGAUGUCCCAAGUGUAGUAGAUAUCAGUCUUGCAU